CCUCACGCUGCACAGGGUCCCGCCCACCAGGCUCUAGGCUCUUCCACCCGGAAACUGGCCUGGGGGUUCAGGGUCUGCCCCUCCACGUGAGAGACUGCCCACGACUGCGGCUGCGGACCAUGGAUGGGGACGGCCCGGCCGCCAUGGCCGCACAGUACCAGUCAGCCUGCCCCACGCGGGACGAGUGUGUCUACAGCAGCUGCUAUUGUGAAGAAAACAUUUGGAAGCUUUGUGAAUACAUCCAAGCCCACAACCAGUAUCCCUUGGAAGAAUGUUAUGCAGUCUUUAUAUCAAACGAGAGGAAGAUGGUACCUAUCUGGAAACAGCAGGCAAGACCUGGGAACGGACCUGUGAUCUGGGAUUACCAUGUCGUUCUGCUACAUGUGUCAAGUGAAGGACAGAGCUUCAUUUAUGACCUUGACACUAUCUUGCCAUUUCCCUGCCCUUUCGACACUUACGUAGAAGAUGCCCUUAAGUCUGAUGCUGACAUUCAUCCACAGUUUAGGAGGAAAUUUAGAGUGGUUCGUGCCGAUUGCUACUUGAAGAACUUCGCUUCUGACCGGUCUCACAUGAAAGAUUCCAGCGGGAACUGGAAAGAACCUCCUCCAGAGUACCCCUGCAUUGAGACUGGAGACUCCACAAUGAACCUGAACGACUUCAUCAGCAUGGACCCUGAGGUGGGAUGGGGAGCCGUCUACACACUGUCUGCAUUUGUCCACAGGUUCAGCAGUAAAAGCCACUGAGCCUGACGCUAGCUCCUGUGGGGCAGGAGAUGCCAUAGGGUAUGGACGAGCCAUCCUUCCCUUUAUAGAGCAGCGUGGUGCAGGCAGCUUAGAGGUAUGCUUUCCUCAUUAGAUCUGAUUGGAAACAUUAAUGAGAACAAAUAGAAGUGAAUGAGCAAGCCCUCCUCCCUUU